AUGCAGAAGUACUACAUCAAGCAUCCCGACGGGACGUUGACGUCUCAUUAUGGAGUUGUGCCAGGCACCGGGGCUGCGCCCGCAGCGCAGCCCGCAGCCCUAGCAACAGCCCUGCCGGCAGUGCAGCCGGCACUGCCCACGGCACUGCCUCCUCGAGUGGCCACUGCCACAUCCACGUCGGUAUCCCCACAGAGUCUGCCGGGAGCGGUUUAUGCCGCCCCUCUUUUGGCCCCAGCCACCAGCAUCGGCAUCACCCCAACCAUGACCGGAACCACUACUCAGCCAUUUGUGGCGCAACCGAUUGUGACCAAGGCAUCCAUGCCGUCGACAGCCGCGACGGGUGGUGGAGGCAAGAUGGGGCAGUUGUGGCCCCUUUACGAAGCCAAGAUGAAGAAGGAAGGCCUCAACGAUGCAGCGAUUGCUGCCUUCAAGUACAACUACUCCGUUCUGACGUCUGGUCAAGACACGAUGAUCCCGGAGAGCUCGAUCAGCCCGGUUGACUCCCUCCCCAGCUACGAGUCCUUGAACGUUACCGAGGACUCUUCGCUGCUGAGGCGGACGGUGGUCCUGAAGCUGAAUGGUGGCCUGGGCACCGGCAUGGGCUUGGAGAAAGCAAAGUCUCUGCUGCCGGUGAAGCAGGGCCUCACCUUUCUGGACCUCAUCGCGCAGCAGGUGGAGUCCAUGAAGGAUGGAUUCGGCACGAAUGUGAAGUUCAUGCUGAUGAACUCCUUCUCGACCUCCGAAGACACCUUGGAGGCGCUGGCCAAGUAUCCCUCCUUGGGCACAGGCAGUGACCUGGAGUUCGUGCAGAACAAGGCCCCGAAGGUCACCGAGGAGGACUUGCGGCCCGCCAGCUGGGCAGCGAGCCCGGAGAGCGAGUGGUGCCCUCCCGGACACGGGGACCUCUACCCGGCCAUGCUGGGCAGCGGGACCUUGGACCGGCUGCUGAUGCAGGGGUUCAAGUACAUGUUCGUCUCCAACUCCGACAACCUCGGAGCCACCUUGGACCUGAAGCUGCUGACCUACUUCGCCGGCAGCAAGGCGCCCUUCAUGAUGGAGGUGGCCACCCGAACGGAUGCUGACAAGAAGGGCGGGCACCUGGCGAAGGACAACAAGACCGGAGGCUUGCUCCUGAGGGAGACUGCGCAGUGCCCGGACGAGGAUGAGAAGGAGUUCCAAAAUGUGGCCAAGUACAAGUUUUUCAACACCAACAACCUUUGGGUGGACUUGGAAGCGUUGGCCGACCAGUUCCGAAAGAGUGGUGGCGCACUUCAGCUGCCGGUCAUGAAGAACAGCAAGACCGUAGACCCUCGUGACAAGAAGUCGACGAAGGUUCUGCAGCUGGAAACUGCAAUGGGCGCCGCCAUCUCCUGCUUCCCGGGUGCCACUGCGGUGGUGAUCCCUCGUUCCCGCUUUGCUCCGGUGAAGACGACGAACGACCUGCUCGCUCUUCGAUCCGACGCGUACUUGCUGACGCCGGACUCCCGCAUCGAGCUGGAUCCCAAGAGGAGCGGCGUGCCUCCCAACGUGAAGCUUGAUGGUUCCUACAAGUUUGUUGAUGCCAUGGACGCCAUGAUUCCCAACGGACCACCAUCCCUCAUUGACUGCAAGAAGCUGGUCAUUGAGGGUCCCAUUGUGUUCUCGCCCGGUGUCACGAUCGUUGGAGAAGUGACGAUCAAGAAUGCCAGCAGCGAGAAGAAAGCGGUGGCGCCGGGCGUCUAUACAGACACCACCCUGGUUCUAUGA